AGAGGAAGGACUGGCAGGAGUUACCCCCCGCCGCGGAGGGUAAACUCGCGCAUGUGCACUGGCCUUCGGCCCCCGCAAAGAGCAAUGACUUCUUCAUAUAUGCCUACUGCUUUGCGAGUUACGUGAUAUGUCAUAUUCCCGGCUCUCAACUGGGGAACGAGGCCCACAGGGUGGAAGCAACUUUAGUAUGUCAAAAGGUUAAAGCAGGUAAUCAAAUCUCAGCGCAUGGGCCAAAUACAAAGCUGCUGGCAGCCAGUACUUGUACGCAGCUCUGCCGCUCUUUAAAAGGCGAAGCAACUAGGCCUGACCCUUCCCGCGACCGGUCGUGAGGCGGAGCAAGCGCGCAAGGCUUGGCGGGUAGUGCUCCGCUAUGGAACCGGACGGGACCUAUGAGCCGGGAUUCGUGGGUAUUCGAUUCUGCCAGGAAUGUAACAACAUGCUUUACCCUAAGGAGGACAAAGAGAACCGCAUUCUGCUCUAUGCGUGCCGGAAUUGUGACUACCAGCAGGAAGCCGACAACAGCUGCAUCUACGUGAACAAAAUCACGCACGAAGUGGACGAACUGACCCAGAUCAUCGCUGACGUGUCCCAGGACCCCACGUUGCCCCGAACCGAGGACCACCCGUGCCAAAAGUGCGGCCAUAAGGAGGCAGUGUUCUUCCAGUCGCAUAGUGCCCGUGCCGAGGACGCUAUGCGCUUGUACUACGUGUGCACAGCCCCGCACUGCGGCCACCGCUGGACCGAGUAAACCACCCUCCCCCAGUAAUAAAUGCUCU